ACCUGGUAUUGAUUGAUCUCAGUUGAUGAUGCGCUCCUCUGAACGCUGCUCAUCUGAUAUCGUCAUUUGGUGAUACAAGUGCAAAUCAGAGCUUGUUGGCCAUCAGUUAUCACUGCCACGUUUACUUGUUAACGUUUAGAGAAUGAGAGCGAGGAUGUUCGUCGUUGUAGUGGGGAUUGCACAUCUUCCAUGUGGUAUCUAAGACCGAAUGAGAUGCGAACAGUUGGGUUGGCGCGUCCAAUGCGGCCAGGCUGGCACAAUGCCAUCUGUCAGGUGUGGCUGGCACGAUAUCUGAACCAGUCGCCCUCCAACCGUUCGCAUGGAAGUUGCAUGAAUCGAGCCGGCCUGUCCCGCACAUUGCGCCGUAUUACGGGCCCCGCGACGGUGACAUUCCACUUGUUCAGCAUCCGAUGUGUUCUACUUCUGGCAAGACACGAGCUUGCAAUGUUCGGCGCAUGUGCAGGGUGCAGGAGCAUCGUAGCGCAGCAAUUGUUUCAGCUUACUGCAAUUGUCGACUUGUGUAGCAGCGUCUCGCACCAUCCAAGGUGCUGGGAUUCUGAAUCCGACAGCGAGGGAGACACGGUCAUGGAGCUUUGCACGGGUGGCUGUUGGAGAGAUGAGGCAAGAAGGCAUGACUGAGCUGGCCCCAUCCCAACGAGGGCUAGCGGACAACACAUCACUCACACCGCAAGUAGACGUCGCCCUAUCAUCCAGCACGGCAUCCACAUCUAACACCACGCCUGGUCGCACAAUCGGCA